AUGUCUGUGGUAGAUGUUGUUGAGCUUCAUUUAAUGAAAAUGAGUGUCGUUAUGAGUGAAGUGAGUGUCUGGGUGUUUGGAGUAGAGACGAGAUCGGUAUUGUUGAGGGAGAUUUGUGUCAGAUUUAGCAUCAGUCGAUUAUUCAUCAUGACGAGGCCGACAGAGCUUUUCUUUCGCUUUUCUAGAGCGUUGCUUGUUUGGAUGCCAUUUGAAUAUUAA